AUGAUCACCAACCCAUCACACCCCAUUUUUCACAGAAUGGCUGCCAGAGAGCCAUCCAGGUACCUAACAAGGGCAUUUCCCCGGGCCUCAGUGCCAUCAAUUCGCCCUCAAGGCUUUUUAUCACGCCGCAAUGUCUCCGAUGAAGCCCCGGUGAGGCGUCUGUCGGACCACCUGACCGAGCUGGAAUCGGCGUCGUCUCUGUCAACGGCUGUCCCAGACAGCGCAGCAGCAUCGUUUGACCCGCUUGCACGGGCAGCCGCUCGCAAGAACCAGCUUCCCCGAGGCCGAUACCAAUUCCGCUCCCCAAAAUACAACCGUGGUCCCCUCCACCCUCACCAACCGCCGCCACCAUCCCACCCCUCCUCCCGGCUGUUCGUCCCAGGCCCCUUCUCCGCGCCCCGAGCAGAGCAAACCUUCGACUCAACCGUCUCCCCUGACAUCAUGACCCUGUGCUACGUGCACACACCUCCAGGCUUCAAGCCUCCCCCGAAGUCUGCCCGUCUCCGCGAGUGGGACGACAGCUCGCCAUACCACAAGAACCGUGUCCUCCGCGGACCCCGUGGCGGCGACGUCCUGCGUCUUCUCCGCAAGCCGAUCAAGUUCAACAACAUCCCGGAAAUCGAGCGCAUCACAAUCCAUAGUUAUGUCAAGAAUGCCGCGGCUGAGAGGAACUCUUCUUGGUUGCACGUUGCUGGUAUUGCCGUUCAGGCUAUCUCCAAUGUUCGCGUUGAGACUUUCAAGUCCAAGUCUAACGUUGCUCCUUGGGGUAUUGCGUCCGGCCGCGACUCUGUCGCUGUUAAGGCUGAGCUGUACGGCGAGAAUAUGUACCACUUCCUUGGCAAGUUGGUUGAUGUCGUCUUGCCCCGUAUCAAGGAUUGGGAGGGUGUCAAGGGUUCCAGUGGUGAUAGCAGUGGUAACAUUACUUUCGGUCUGAUUCCGGAAAAUGUUGCUCUGUUCCCGGAGCUUGAGGUCAACUACGAUAUGUAUCCUCCCAAGAUGAUCCCCGGUUGCCACAUCACUCUCCACACUACCGCCAGAACUGAUAAGGAUGCACGACUCCUCCUGAGUGCCAUGGGUAUUCCUUUCUACGGCAAGAUUGUGAACUAAAUCGGGUUUACCUGGUGAUUACUCUUGGUCUUUUUAUUAUAUCUCCU